AUGACGGCCUCAUUGUGUCACUUGAUGCUGGUCAUGUUGGCCUUUAUGGAGUGUCAAGGUCGCAAUGCGAGUUCUUGUGUGACUAACUCCCAGACGGCAGUGAACCUAACAUGUGAGGGGUCACAGAGGAUCCACGUGAUCAGCAAGUUCUACCAGAAGGCCACAAGCACCUGUGAGGAAGCGCCAACCGGCUGUACCUACACGGAGGACGCCCCAGCUACCACGUGUAACGGGGUGUGGCACUGUGGAGAAGAGGUUACAAUGUUCUGGAUAAACCAGACAUGUGGAAGCAGCACCGCACUGGCGACUGUUGUCUACGAAUGCAUUGCAGAAACCCCCAUCAACAUCUGCAACGUCACAACCGUGUCGCGUGACAACAUGCUAUAUUUUGCCUCCCCAACUUACCCACGUGGUUCCGGGAACAUGAAAACCAACGGCACAUGCGUUUGCGACAUCACGGGAACGAUGAUGAAAGUCGACAUCCUGGAGGUCGUCUUCCGAAACACGGGUCACGGAAUAAGAGGCAGACUGGUUGUGAUCGGAGACACGGCGGCCUGGACGACAGACGACCUCGUCCCUGUCGUGUUCAAUAAAGAAAUAAUCAGUUAUACAGAAAAAAUCAAGGUUGCCUUUAACGACUUUGGGCAGAUCAGCCAGGAUAUGUGGCUUAAAGUUUCAGGGUCUUCCAGGAUGACAGCAACCUGUUACCAUGGAGACGACAACAUAACGGUACCGUCCUUCACGACGCUGGCCCCGGCUGGGACAGCAAGCAACGCGACGCCAUCAGCUAACAUGACUGGUCCGAGCAAGGAGCCACUGGGACAUGAAGCAGGCUUCCAAAAGUCGAUUGUCGUCAUCACCGUCUCUGCCGCAGUUGGCGCAGUACUGGUCGUCAUGGUCAUCAUGGCUGUCGCAGUCAUUGUGUUCCGGAAGAAGACUAUCGGUUCUGAGAAGCAGUACGCCAUUGAAGUGACGGAAUCCAACGAAGAAAUGAAAGAAGUGGAGGACUGUGACAUGCCGACCUUCAUCAUGGAUACACUCAUGUAGCAUAGCAACCGUCGUCAUGGAUACAUGAAGGACAAAUACACUCAAGAGAAACCGUGUUCAUUGAUA